CCGCUGAAACGACGACGUAUCGUCCUGCCGCCUUAAACUUACAUCCUGCGAUGCUGUUGGUUUUUGCUUUGGCGCUGGAUAUCCGGGAAAUAACAUCUCGUCUGCAGCAACAACGCCUUUUGCGCUCAUCUACGAGGAACACUUUCUUCGAAAUGCGGUCUUGAGGGGGUCUGUGGAAGAUGAGCCGGCCCAUUAAGAUGGUGGUCGUGGGCGACGGCAUGGUGGGAAAAACGUGCCUCCUUAUCUCUUUCACGACUGGUGCCUUUCCAGACGGAGCUUACGAACCAACUGUAUUUGACAACUACGCUGGGAGCCUCGUCUGCGAUGGUGUUACCACGAACCUCACCCUGUGGGAUACGGCUGGACAAGAAGAUUACGAGCGGCUCAGACCACUUUCAUAUCCAGGGACAGACGUCUUCCUUCUUUGCUACAGCAUCAGUAGCGAGGCCUCAUUCAACAAUAUUCUCACAAAGUGGCAACCUGAAUUGAAGCAUCAUUGCCCACACACUCCAUACAUCCUGGUUGCUACAAAGGCAGACUUACGGCAAGCACAAGAUCCGCCUCAAGAUCUCGUUCCAAGAGCUGCUGGAAAGAAAUUAGCGUCCAAAAUAAAGGCAUUUAGCUACGUCGAGUGUUCAGCCAAAUCCGGGAUGGCCGUCAAAGAGGUAUUUGAAGAAGCAGCGAGGUCGGUGCUCAAGCCCAAGCCCGUUAAAAAAGGACGCUGCCUCAUUUUAUAAGAUCCAAUUGACGAUUUCCGGACAGUUUUCCCUACGUUUCUGAGACAGAUGCUUGUUCUUGUAAAUAAGCUAUUUUAUAUGCUUUCUCUCUGUGUGCACAGACAUUCAGCUAUGAUGAACGCAAAGUCUUGUGCGGCAAGGCUGAUAUCGCAGAAUACAUCGUGUGUAGUGAAACAUCAGGCUGUUUGAAUGAAACGAUCGUACCAGGCAAAGUUGCACGCUGGUGCCAAGUUAUUUUCCACAUGGAAAAGUGUCUCCCUCACUCACCCAAAUUUAAUACGUACAAAACUCCCUUUUCAUAUAGUAUACAGGCCAGGUCUGAAGAUGGUUCAAGUGGCCAAGGUUACUUACGCUUUAUUAAAAUACAAAAACAGCACUGGCAACCAAAAAAAGUUUAAAACAGUUAAAAUCACAAUGUUUUGAAAACCAUACGGGCUUCAUAAUCAGAAAUGACAUUCAUCGUGCUAUUUAUCGAGCAUCCGGAGGUGGAAUAUGCCACGAUUGGGGAUGUCUCUUACUCCCUCGUUUGCCAGAAUGUUCGAAAUAUAUGGUGCAUACCGUGCAUCAAAAACAGAGUCCCCUUUAAAGUUUCCUGGUCGGCAGAAAGAGUGACUACGGCAACUUUACGUGGCAGCAUGGUCAGGAGCUCGGCUCAAAGCGGAGAGCAAGAAAGACACUCGCUUCGUGGAAGAAAAUCUAUAGCAGAGUCAGAGGAAGAAGCUCGAGACAUCGGUUUCCCCAGUGGUGUUGUGAGAGUGAGAUCACAAAGAAGGCUGAACGUCCAAGAAUCGCUUUCGAAUUGUGCAUGGAAAAGAAUUCCCUGGAAUGCAAUACCAUCAGUUAAUGAUUAAAAGAGAUAUCGAAUUAA